AUGCAGAGUGAUCAGCAAUUUUCCCCCCGAAAGCCAGUGGUUCCCCUUACUGAUCAAGUGGGUGGUGGUUACAUGCAUAAUGACCCUAUUGCAUCCAUCUUUGGCAAACCAGCUUUACCUCUAGGUGCUAAGCAUUCGAUGCCUUUUCAUGGUGUUGAAUUUCAACCCUCUGAGGUUUGUCCAAGGAAUUUCAUCAUCUUUGACCAGACUGAUAACAGAAGCCAGAUCAUGUUCCACCCAGCCAUUGGCUCCAAAUUUGGUUAUCCUGGUUUGAAUAUGGGUACAUCUUAUUUUCAAGAUACUGUUGAGAGGAAAGAUGCAAGUGACAGGAGAGAAAACUCUUCAGUGAAAGAAGAUUCAGAUGAUAUUGAUGCAUUGUUGAGCUUGGAAGAGGAAGAAUGCGAUGAGGAAGAGGUCAGCACCGCACGAACAUAUGGAGACUCUGGAGGCGAUUCUUCUGAUUCUUGCUCCAAUUAUUGUUCAAAACCCCGAAAGAGCAGGUUACCUUCUUUGAAGAAAUCCUCUGGAAGUGGCACCAGCUGCAGUGAAAGUAAGCAUCAGAAAAUGAGGAAGAUGGUGAAGGCGCUGAGAGUAAUUGUACCUGGUGCCAACCAGAUGAACACUGUAGAUGUUCUUGAUGAAGCUGUUAGGUAUCUGAAGUCUCUCAAAGUUGAUGUGCAGAAUCUUGGAGUUGGAAAUAUGAACUAGGGUCGAGCCCCUCUUACUGUGGCCAGGACCAUAUUCUCCUUGUUUUAUUGUUUGGAAGUAAGAGACUAGCGAUGCCUGCUUUUCUCCACAUGUGGUCAUGGUGGAAAUCUUGAUGAGGCUAUGUGACCAAGGACAUUGCUGUCAAGGGUCAGUAUGGUGAGUGAGUAACCUAAAUUUAUGAUUGUCUAUGCAUAUGGGAGAAGAAGGGAGUUGAUGUGCAAUACGAAUCAUAUGUUCUUGUUGUAGGGUACUCUGUCUAUUUUCUUUGUGGGCUGUUUCAAUCACCUCUUUGAACUCUCUAUGAACAGCUUAAUAAUUAUUAAUACGCGCACUCUCUCGUGUCUGAUUGUCGCUGUUGUUUACUUGUUUUUUCAUUUAUAUUUUUAGCUUUAGGGUCUCUAUUGUCACUGGCUACCAUUCAUGCUGUGUGUUUGUAUG